GAGCUACCCUUUACCAAAGGGGUGGAGAAUAUCUGGUUGCAGGUUAAUCAUCAUCCAAUCAUCCCGGGGGUCCCUGCAGGACAGGCCGUGAUGGUCACAGUGUUCAGAACACGUUUUCAGCGUAUGCCCAUGGAAGUAACAGACAGACAGUCCGGUGCUUACAUCCUCUUCUUCCUCUCCUCCCUCGUAGCCAACUUUCUUGAGGUGGUGGGUGGGUUUUCUUGGACGGCCUUCGGGAAGGGAGGCGGGACAUCCUUCUCCAGGAGCACAGAAACCUCUGGCUGUUGCAAAGCCUCACCGGUCUGGGUCCGUAGCAGGUGUUGGCAAAGAUGUGCCAGAUGUGGAGCAUCCUUUUGGCCUUGAUAUGCCUGCAUCACACAGCAGCUGAUGUGCCUAUACAGGCAUAUUUAGAUCCUGUGCAGCUUGCAGGGAGAUGGUAUCCCAUUUCACUGGUGAUGGAUUAUGAGGACAGGGGCAGCCUUUCGGUGGCGGGGAGAACAAUGAUACCCAUAGGCAACGGAAACCUGGAUGUUGACUUCGAGAGUUUUGAAAACGGGCAUUGCAUUUUAAGAAUGGACACCUUCUGGCGUACCAACAUGCAAGGGAAGUUUAUGGUGGAUCGCGGCUUCACCAUCCGCAUCGUGGAGACCGAUUAUGACGAUUACCUCAUUUUCCACCUCGAAGCUGUAGGCAAAUCGGCACUCCAUCUAGACGCUAGGCGGCGGUCGGUCUCUGACAGGGUGAGACAGAAAUUCAAGGACAUUGUCUCGUCCUUGGGAUUCCCGGUGGACAAGAUUCUUGACGUGCCCAAAUACGAUUCAUGUCCGUGAAUUCGUGGAUGGAUGUAGCAAAUGCUUGGGUCCCUGGAGUUUCUCAUCUCGGUCACUGAGACUCUGUCCGAAACCCAUCUAAAUAAAGAGACCCAAGCCUUCA